AUGUCAGAUCUCGAACAACCAAACCUUCCAAACGAUAACCAGGACACCCGUGAUUCCGCUACUCCAGCUAUCAUCUCACCUCCAACUGAAAGCAAUGAAAAUGGAGGCGCCGCCAAUGAACAAGGAGAUUCAGGACAGCCCAAGGAAGAGAAAACAGAAGACAAGAACCGUAUCAACUUGAAAGUGGUUGAUGGCAAUGGUGGUGAAAUAUUCUUCAAAGUCAAACGAACAACGCCAAUGAAGAAAAUCAUGAGUGCUUAUUGUGUGAAACAGGGCAGGGCUGAGGAUUCCGUACGAUUCUUUUUUGAUGGUAACAGGGUUAAUGCCACACAAACGCCCGAUGACUUGGAUAUGGAGGACAAUGAUGUUGUUGAAGUCCACCAUGCCCAACUAGGUGGUUUCUGUGUUUGA